CAUCUAAAUUCGGAUCCACGAAAACAAUGCACCUACGCCACGUACGCAUCGAAGUGCCGGCAGCGGAGACUUCAACUAAGGCUAGUCGUAAGCUGCUGGCAAUUAUUGCCACGCAUGAGGAAUACAAGGAUAAAUCGCCUGAAGUCUUCGAUGAGGCGAUGGUGUAUCUCCACGGGUUCCCAGACAUGGGCCCGCAUCCCACCAAAGUGGAUUUCGCUUCUCGAGUUCCGGCUAAACUUGCCGGAUUUUGGGUAAACCAGAAAGAUAAGAAAAAAAUCUUCCUAACUUUUAACUUCGGCGGCGUCCCAGGCUCGGACGAUGAGCUGCGAUUCACAGACAAACUCAUCUCCCUGGAAGUCGAGGACAUGAUCGUCGUAUGCAAAUACAUUCGCUCCCAUUUCCUAGGAGGAAAAGGCAAAGUCCAUGCAGUUGGUCUCUCCACUGGAGCCAUUUUGGGCGCUUUACUGCGUGAUAAAAUCGUGUCGGAUACCAUCACAGUUAUUGCUGGUUUGCUGGACAUGACAAAAGGUGUUCACUUCGACUUUAACAAACUGCAACUGGAACAAUGUGACGAACAAGGCUGGUGCUGGAAGGAAUUCUAUCUGGAGGAAGGCUGUCCGCUGCCAAAGAACGUUGAACUGUCAUUUGAUGGCACUCACCCCACGACAGAGUUGACUGAUGACAACGCUCCUUCGAAAAUCUAUGUGCGGCUGGAUAAACGCUACAUUGACGAGUACUUCGAUGGCUCGCUGGAUAUCCUCAAAGCUGUCGCGGGAUCUGAACUACCACCGUUAUUGGUGAUCCAUGGCGAUGCUGAUACAGAUGUGCCGUACGCGAACGGCGAGGAGCUGUUCGCUGCUGCAGCCGAGCCAAAGACUUUCUUGGUAAUUCCGAAAGCCAACCACUUGUUGUCUAAUUCCAAGCAUUUGAAGAAAUCGCUGCGUGCGAUUGGAGACCACGUUGCAGCCGCGCAAUAGCCAAACAACAGAAGUUGUGGAACAAGUUCCCUGUGCACUUCACACUGCCAAUGUGCAUGGGUUACCGCGAUAUAAGCGUGCAUAUAUAAUUUGAAUCCUCGCCCUCCCGCUAUGCUAACAAAGCACUUACUUUGCUCCAGUUCAGUCUUCACACUUUCAGGUCCCGCGUAGUCAAUACCCCGAGUCUGUGCGAUGCACUCUUACAAUAAGGAAUGGAACGCCACCAUCGCCGUCGAUUCGUUUCUUACCAGCACUGUC